AUGUCACGAGACCGUAACAUUAGUUAGCGACUUAAAGGGAACAAUGGAUUAUACGGUAAUUGUUGCGCUUGUAAUUUGAAUUUAGCGCCCUUUCCAAACUUCCUCUGGAUGAAAUUCCAGAUUUUAAGUAGAAUCACAUUUCGUUGAAUUAUAUUUCUCGAAUUUACUUCGAGUCAAGUUGUAAUGUUUUCGUUGUAAUGCUUAUAGACACCAACACUAGUCAUAUUUUAACUUGUUCGACGUUUGAUACCUUUGAAGUAUCACCACAUUCAGCGCUAUCUUCAGUUGUAUGAUGUUCUAGAAAUUUCACGAGUGAUUACUACGUAUGGAUGGGAUUUCAAAAGACGAAAGGAAGUAGUGGUAUAAUACUUAGUAAUACACUAGUCCGCACAAAAAAUUGUUGGAUCGAAAGUGAUUUCGAGCUGUGCGAGUAUAAAAGUUUGUAAGUGUAUUAUCAAACAACUAUUUGUUUGUACUUUUUAUUGGCAUUGUAUGUGGAGCAGCACACGGUACGACGAGGAACUUUUAAUUCCGAAGUUAAUGUUAAAUGAGGAAUAGUUGGCUUUCGAGGUUUGACUAAUUCAGUUUCUGGAUUAUCCGAAUUAGUAAUCGGUAAUUAACGAUUUGUAUUACAAAAAAUGGCCAAAUGGGGAGAAGGUGACCCUCGUUGGAUUGUAGAAGAGCGUCCGGAUGCUACAAAUGUCAACAAUUGGCAUUGGACAGAAAAGAAUGCAUGUAACUGGUCAGUGGACAAACUGAAGGAACUUCUAACAAAUUUUAGAAUAGAGUCUGAAAAAGCUAAAUGUAAAAUAACUGAAGUGGAAAAAUGUGAAGGAGAAGCUGUGGCUAAUAAUAGAAAAGGAAAAUUAAUAUUUUUCUAUGAGUGGGAUCUCACACUGAAAUGGAAAGGAACUUUAAAAGGCAGUGAGAGUUCAGUUGAGGGAACAAUCAACAUACCUAAUCUUAGUGAAGAAAAUGAUGUGUCUGAAGUAGAUGUAAAUGUAAGUGUAAAAAAUUCUGAUCCUGAAGCAGAUAAACUUAAAGAAUUUAUGUACAGAGAAGGAUCAAACUACAUUAGGAAACAACUGGGAAAAUAUGUAAAUGCAUUAAAAGAAGAAUUUUCCAAGGGUAUGAUAUUGCCUCGCAAGGAGGAAGUUAAAAAACAAUCAGUUAAUCAAGAUGGGGUUGCUAGUUUGUCGGCAGGUUUUACGAAGCAGGUACAUGUAAAUUAUAUAGAGAAGGAGAAGUGUGGUUUGAAGAUAGAUACUAGUACGGUGAAGACAAGUCAUAAAUUUCAAUGUAAAGGAGAUGAAUUCUAUAAUGUAAUGACUACAGUAGAGCUGUUGCAAGCAUUCACUCGAGGUGCAGUUAAAGCUGAAAUCAAAAAAGGUGGAAAAUUUGAAUUAUUUGGAGGAAAUAUUCAUGGAGAAUUUGUAGAACUUGUUCCUAAUACGAGGAUAGUUCAGAGAUGGAGAUUAAAACAAUGGCCUGCAGAACAUUAUUCCAAUGUCACGAUAGACAUUGAUCAAAAGGAAGACCACACACAAGUUUCUCUCACACAAACUGGUGUUCCAAGAAGUGAGCUGGAUUUAACAAAGGAAAACUGGGACCGGUAUUAUUGGGACUCCAUCAAGAGGACUUUUGGAUUUGGAUCCUUUCUUGUGUGAUGUUAGUGGAGAUAUAAACAUUCAAUUUUUUGUGUAUAUUAGGCAUUUCAAUGGUAAUUUAUUUUAGUUAUGAUAAAUGGACAGCUGUUAAUCUUGUGCUAAAUGAACAAGUUGACUUCAGACUGAAAAUCAACAACAAUAAAUUAAACCUUCAAUGAAAUUUGCUUUUAAAAAGUGGUUUCAAAGUAAAGAUACUAAACUGUGAAAAGGUAUGAAAUGUUAAUUACUUUGUUCCUAACAUUUAUAAUUCAUAUAAAUUAAUGUCUUUUAUAAUUUAAUGCCAACUGUAAAGUAUAAUGUCUUAAUUAUUUCUACUAAGUAGGAAAUGAUUUCUUAAUGUAUGAAUGGCUUUUUGUAGAAAAUUGUAUCAUGUAACUGGUCCUGUAUGUGGACACUGAAAAUAGACCUGAGUGUUCCACAAGGAAAAUUCACUGACAAGCAUAAAGUAAGUUAUUUCAGUUCAUAAUUCUGAAGAGUACUUAGUCAUGUCAGAAUUUUAAAAGGCAGGAUUUGAUUUACAAAGAAAUUGACUCACUUGAUUUGCAGAGAAUAGGACAUAAAUUGUGAGAAUGUGUAUUGUCAUUUGGCUGUUAAAUUGUAUUUACAGUAAUUGCAAAGUGCAUAGUUUGUUAAGCAUGGUAUACAGCUGAUCAGUAGUAAAACUGCCAUUCCAUUGAAAGUUGUGCAAAUUUUGGAGAAAUUCUGAUUGUGGUUAUUGUGAGCAAUGGAGGAAUGUUAAAUACAGUUGAGGUCAUAGCAGUUUAAGAAAAUGUUUUGUCUUUUGAAACCUUUUUCCAGCUGAGACUAAUCUUCAUGUUCAGUAUUACUUCUUGAUUUUGCAUGAAGGGCUUACAUUAUAGACCUUAUACAUUAGGGUGACCCAUAUUUUUUAACUUUUCAAAAGUUCAGCUCUCCACCCCCGCCCCAUUUUGAUCCAAACAAUAAAAAAACGAUCCAAACAAAAUUUGAGGUCAAACAAACUUCUCGAAUUUUGCCACCAUUGACCACAAAUUUUUGAACAUUUGCUGUAUGAAUUUUGUUGUGCGGUUGUUCAUUUUCAUUAUAUUAUUUACUAUAUUUACAUUUAGAUUAACUCAAUUUAACCAUACGAUAUGCAUGUUAAUUAUAAUGUUAAAAGAUAACAAUAAUAAUAAUAAAUAAUAAAUAUGAAAGUAAGGGAUUCUGUGCACUGGUAGCAAUUGAUAUUAGAAACGCCUUUAACUCAG